AUGGAAUCAAAUUCAACAAUCGUUCAAAUGAAUCAUGAUGAGAAAAUUUAUUAUGAGAAAGUGGAUGAAUAUAUUAAUUCAUUAGAUAAAAUGUUUCGUGAAAAAUGUGUUAUCAAACAACAAGUUUACGAUGAUAUCCUGAAAUGCUUACUAUCACCAAAAGGUUCCCGAUCUGAUGCAUAUUCAUCAACAUUUGUUUAUUGGGUAAAACAUAAAUUUAUCUUAAUUAAAAUAGCUGGUAUUGAUAUUGUUGCUUGUAUUAAAUCAAAAAAACAAUUUGUGUUUAUGAAGCAUUUUAUAUAA